AUGCCUCGAUCUGGCAUCGCCAGGAAGCACUCCAAAGAGCCAACGCACGUCGAAGUAUCGGAACAUGCACAGUACCAUCAACCAUCUGUCAACACCAGACUUCAGCAUGCUACCACAUCACUUCGGCGAAGAUCAGGAAACUUUCUGGCAUCCAUGCCUGCCCCCGUGACGGGGCGGUUUUCUGAAAGUCAGCGAAAGCAAAGUCUUUUCAUCGCCCUUCUUCCUCCUGACCUACACUACAUCAUCGCCACAAAAUACCUGGACUUCGACACAUUACUCGCACUCCGACAGACAUGUCAUAUGAUGCGUCGUCUGCUCACGCCUGACCAAGUCCGGCGGGUUCGGUCGAAGCUCAUCCAAGGGUAUCUUGAGGAUGAGGCCCGGCAGUUCCAAGACUAUAGAAUUCAUUUUCCUCCACAACGGCUCGGCCAUCUGUGGGACCUGCUUCAUGCAGCUUUUGAUUUCCGUCUGCUUGAACGACCUGCCAGAGAACUCCGGUGUUAUGGAUGCUUGCAGAUGAAACCUCUCUGGUGCUUUGUGGAACGAAUGAGCAGUCGAGGUACUGGUUUGGGUGCAAAGUCCGCCCAUGACAGGAUGUGCAAAGCCUGCAUGUCGAGAUAUCGUGAUAUUGAAGGACAAUGGUGGAAGGAGAACUGGGUCAAAAAGAGUGAGACAGCCCGAAAAGCGAGCAAAGGCCGCAGGUUACGGCGAUGGGCACUCGAAGGCAAAAGCCUAGUCAACCCGCCACAGGAAGUUGGUGUCUGCGCUGCUUGUGGGGGUUCCUCAUUCGAGCUUUGGUGGGGAUGUGUGGCAUGCUUCGAAGCAGAGCAGAAGGCGCGUCGAGAAGAAGAUCUCGACCUGAUGGAAAUGAGUGGUUUGGAACGAAAGAUUGUCGAUGCUUUUGACGCGUGGCGAUGUCGACGGGAAAUGAAAUACAGACAGCGUCAGGCCAAAAGAGAGAGGAGGCCGCUACGAAACAGACUGCUGGGUACCCUGGGGUUUCCUUGGACUGGUGGACUUUCGGACCGUAAGGCUGCGCUGGAAGAAUGGAAGGAGAGCAAAACGAAUCCGGGUGCUACAUUCUCAAAGUCAGGCAGAGGGACUGAUUCGGGAUGGAGAGCGAUCGACCAGGCUCCACUGCCUAAGAGCCGGAGAGAGGCGCGCUGCGCUACUUGUUGGAUCCCUGGCGCUUUGCGCAGGAUGUAUAUGCUGGGCUUUGCCUACGAGGGAGCACUGGACAGGGAGCGCUGGUGUCAGGGCUGUCAACAGGAUCAGGAGUUGAGGCAUGCAAGGAGAGUGGAGCGAAAGAUGAGACUCGAUGGCAAGAUUGAGGAUGAAGAGACGCUCAGCGAUUGCGAAGAUUAUGGGCUUUUCCAGCUUUUUGAGGAAGAAUAGUCUCGGCGGUCGGAUGCGUUGUUGGUCAGAAUGAGGUCUUGAUGACUGUGCGUGGUCGGUGUCUGGCUUGUCUUCUCUGGAGGGGGCGUCUGUGGAAGAACAGGACUGGCAAGUUGCGUUGUAUCAGUGGCUGCUGUGUGACAAGAUGACUUCAACAAGCUAUUGUCGUCCUUCAUGCUUGUGAAAAGCUCGAGCAAAGAAGCUGGUGCAUCCCAAACAGAGGUCGUCGGCGUCAGCUCAGGGUACUAGGCUCAGCCUUGUACAGCCUUGCGGGUUGCCGGAUCCGAGAUGAGAUGAGAUUAUCUCGGCAGUUAAAAGAAUGGCCGAAUGUCCAUCUCGACCUCCGCAGACGACUUUUCUUCCGCUUCCCAAGCUGCUUCGGACCCUUGAUCGAUUGAGUCUUGAC